AUGGAUAUUUUUGGCACUAGAGAUAGCAUAUUGGAUGAUAUACACAAAAAGAUAGACCCAUCAGACUCAACAUAUAAUAAAUACAAAAACGACACCAUAAAUGAAAGAGACACAUUAAGUGAGUUAGAGAACAUCCUUUUUAAAGAAAUCAAACAAAAAUUAGAACUAACUUUUCUUAAAAAGUAUAUUAAAGAAAAUAUGGUCCCAAGGGGACUUAGGUUAAAAAAAGACUGCACCUUUGAACUUAAUGAAGAACAUCAAAAAGAGUGGUAUGAUAUUCUAGAAACAGCUUCCAGCAAACUUAUAAAUGUUAUCAUAAAAUCCAGAGAAUCCACCACACAAGACCUAGGGAUAAAAAUCCAAAAUUGUAAAGAAAUACUAGAUAAGACAACACUGAACGAUACACUAAAUUCAAAACAACAAGAAAUAGCUAAAAAAUUAGGCGAUUUAAACAAAGAUAUUCUUGAAGUAAAAUGGAGGAAAUUCAACAGAGAUUUAAGUGACUAUAAGGGGAUAGAUAAUCAAGACCCUGAUACUAAAUCUGAGAACCAUAAACAUCUAUUCAGCAGUAGAAAACCAAUGAAUGAUAUGGAAGCUUCUAACAACACAACAUACCAAACUUCACGAAAUGACCAAAGAGAAAGAAUCACAAAUAGAAACACUAUGCAAAAUAGGAAUCCUAAUGAGAGACAAUAUACUAACAAUGAUUACAAUAGAAAUAAUAGAAACAAUUUCAAUAGACAACAUGACACUGAUAAUUACUAUAACAAUUACAGAGAUCACAAAUCACAUAAUUAUGAAUAUAGAAACAACCACGAUUAUAGGAAUCAAGGACACUGGAGAUAUAAUUAUAAUCACAAUAGAAAUUAUGAUUUAAAAAAUAGAGAACAAAAACAUUUCUCUACACACUACAGCUAUAGACAUUUUAAUGAUAAUCAACGAGACUACCAAAAUCAAAACAAUGAUCAAUAUAGAAAUGAUGAUUUUAGAAAUGAAAGAGACUACAACAAAAAUUCACAUAAUCACAGCAAUAGGCGUUUUGAUAAACACAGAAAUAUGAAUAAUAGACACAAUGAUGAUAAUAUGCAUACGAAUUGGAGAUACCAACACACAGAACAAAAAGAUUGGGAAACACCAACUAACCACAGAGAUAGGAAUAACAGACACAACAAAGACAAUAUGCACACUAACUGGAGAUAUCAGCACACAGAACAAAAAGAUUGGGAAACACCGAUAAAUCACCAGAGGAAAACACAUUCACCUAGACACAAAGAAUCACACAACCACCAGAUGGAAAGAAAUAUUGAAACUCAUAACAGAUACAGUUCAUUAACUCACGAAAAUGAAGAUCACAGAACACCAGCAGUUCCAGUAAAAACACACAGUUCUAGGAUAUCUUUUUUAGACGAGGGCCCAAUCCAAACCCACGACUCCCCAAAAGGCAAAGAAGAUUAG